GCCAGUGCCUUCGAGGGCGGCCAGGCGACGCCGGUCCUCUUCCCGGUGGGCUGCUCUGUUCCGCCCGAAGGGGAGGGCCGCCGGGAGCGACCUCUACCGGGACACCGGGCUUGACCUUGACCUGGCCUCGUCGCGCACCCAGCCUCCAGCUCGCCGCGGCGCCUGCGCGCUCCCCGCCCUCCCCUCCCACGGGGCUGGGCUGUCGCGCGAUCCGGGCGAUCCGGGCCGGGUUUUGCGGCGGAGCGCUGGGGCCAGCGGUGCUGAUUCCCCGUUUGUCGCCGUCUGCUGCAGACCCUGGCACAAGAUCAUGGUGCUGGGCGAACUGUGGACAGUGCUGUCCGGAGCUCCCGGGGUUGCCCUGGCCUGCUGCUUUGUGGCGGUGACGGUGGCCCUGCGCUGGUUGGGGCGCCGAACAGCGCGGGGCGCGAGGGCGCGGGCGCGGCAGAGGCAGCGAGCGGGCCUGGAGACCAUGGACCGGGCGGCGCGGCGCUUCCGGCUCCAGAACCCUGACCUGGACUCUGAGGCGCUGCUGGCCUUGCCUCUGCCUGAACUGGUUCAGAAGUUGCACAGUGCAGAGCUGUCUGCAGAGGCUGCACUCUUCACCUAUGUGGGAAAGGCCUGGGAAGUGAACAGAGGGAUCAACUGUAUAACCUCCUACCUGGCUGACUGUGAGACCCAGCUGCGCCAGGCUCCACGCCAAGGCCUGCUCUACGGUGUCCCUGUGAGCCUCAAGGAGUGCUUCAGCUGCAAGGGCCAGAACUCGACACUGGGCUUGAGCCUGAAUGAGGGGGUGCCAGCCGAGGUCGACAGCGUGGUAGUGCAGGUGCUGAAGUUGCAGGGUGCUGUGCCCUUCGUGCACACCAACGUCCCCCAGUCCAUGUUCAGCUAUGACUGCAGUAACCCCCUCUUUGGGCAAACUACGAACCCGUGGAAAUCCUCGAAAAGCCCAGGUGGCUCCUCCGGGGGCGAAGGGGCCCUCAUUGGGUCUGGAGGCUCCCCCCUGGGCUUGGGCACUGACAUUGGAGGCAGCAUCCGUUUUCCUUCUGCCUUCUGUGGCAUCUGUGGCCUCAAGCCUACUGGAAACCGCCUCAGCAAGCGUGGCCUGAAGGGCUGUAUCCACGGACAGCUGGCAGUGCAGCUCUCCGUUGGCCCCAUUGCUCGGGACGUGGAGAGCCUGGCACUGUGUCUUCGAGCUCUUCUGUGUGAGGACAUGUUUCGCUUGGACCCCACCGUGCCACCCCUGCCCUUCCGAGAGGAGAUCUACACAAGCUCCCGGCCCCUGCGUGUGGGAUACUAUGAGACUGACAACUAUACCAGGCCCAGCCCGGCCAUGAAGCGGGCUCUGCUGGAGACCAAGCAGAGGCUUGAAGCUGCUGGCCACACGCUUGUCCCCUUCUUGCCAAGCAACAUACCCUAUGCACUGGAGACGCUCUCUGCAGGUGGGCUGUUCAGCGACGGUGGCCACAGCUUCCUCCAGAACUUCAAGGGUGAUUUUGUGGACCCCUGCCUGGGGGAUCUGGUCUUAAUUCUGAAGCUGCCCAAGUGGCUUAAAGGAGUACUAGCCUUCCUGCUGAAGCCCCUGUUCCCACGGCUGGCAGCCUUUCUCAGCAGUAUGAGGCCUCGGUCAGCUAGAAAACUCUGGAAGCUGCAGCACAAUAUUGAGGAGUACCGGGAAUCUGUGAUUGCUGAGUGGAGAGCGCUGGACCUGGAUGUGCUGCUGACCCCGAUGCUGGGCCCUGCUUUGGAUCUGAACACCCCAGGCAGAGCCACAGGAGCCAUCAGCUAUACCGUCCUGUACAACUGCCUGGAUUUCCCUGCUGGAGUGGUACCUGUCACCACGGUGACCGCUGAGGAUGAGGCCCAGAUGGCACAUUACCGGGGCUACUUUGGGGAUAUCUGGGACAAGGUGCUACAGAAGGCCCUGAAGAACAGCGUGGGGCUGCCUGUGGCCGUGCAGUGCGUGGCUCUGCCCUGGCAAGAAGAGCUGUGUCUGCGGUUCAUGCGGGAGGUGGAGCGACUGAUGACCCCUGUGAAGCUGACAUCCUGAGGGCUGCCUGCCACCUGGCUCCAAAGGACCAAACAGCACCUGCCUUAGCCCAGCCCAGUGGGCACAUGGCCACCCUGUGAGGAACCACUCAGGAUGGAGCCGAGGCUUCCAUGUCCCCUUCCCCAACCCCCUGCCAAAGCACAGACCCCUAAGUCUGGAUCUUGCUCCCCUCCCUUGUCUUCUUUCCACCCUGAACCCCCACCCUGUGUGGUGGUCAGCAGGUACGACAGGGUCAAAACCACCAACAGUUGAGAAAUGUUUCCUUGUCUAUGGACUACUGCGACUGGAGCCUGUCGAAAGCAGGGCUGGCUUGAUUUUCCAGAGCUAGAUGGCAGCCACGUGACUUUUCUGCACCCAAAUCCUCUCUGGUGUCUGUCACCCUCAGGAGGGACUUAUGCUUGUGUCCCCAGCACUUUACUCCUCCUCUGUUGCCUCAGCCUGGCCUUUAUUUUUUUGGGGGGGGUUGUACCGAGGAUAGAACUCAGGACCUUGCUCUUGUCAGGCAGGUGCUUAUGUUGCCAAGCUAUCUCUCCAGCCCCAUCAGCCUGGCUUUGCUGGAUACUGUCUUUGGUUCCCCUCCUCUGCUUCUCUGCCAUUCCUGCUCCUCUACCACUCAGCCCUGGGAGGCCCAGCCCAGACCUCUUAUCCUAAGAAGCUUGCUUUCUUUUUCUUUUUUUUUUUUUUUUUUGUUUGGUGGUACCGGGGAUUGAACUAGGACCCUGCAUUUGCCAGGCAGGCGCUUAUUCUACUGAGCUACCUCCCUGGCCCCCCAAGAAGCUUUCUGUGCUGCUUCUGGGUCCUGGAAGAGUUCGAGCUCCUUCCUCCCUGUGUUUCC